UUUGAUUAAAAUAUCAUCCACAAGGAUCACUUCUCCAGUUUCCAGUAUUUCCAGCGUAUUCGGUCCAGCGGAAGAGUAAGCAUCGCACAUCAUACAAGGAACGCCUUCGCAAUCGCGCGCUUUUUUACAUCAUAUUCACACAACUGUGUCUGCUUCGUCUGCGAAGUAAAUGCUCGAAGCUCAUUACGUUACAUUGGAACUCGCAAGCUCUACACCGUACACUCCUUGUUGAAUAGUGUAACACAGCUUCAGACCACCACCUACUUUGGGAAUUUUACGCGUUGGUAUUGGAUUGGAAUUUCUCGAACCGUUAUUCUGAGAAUGUAGUCGUUGAUGACGGAGUGGCGGACGUCGUUUAGUGGAUUUCGUUUCGUUGUAUGUGCGCUCGAAACCUUGAAUAAUCUUAUAGCUAUUUCGCGUAUCAUAUCACAUUCGACUUAAAUGUAGUGUGCAAUAAUUUUUCUAACGUAAGUUGCGUUAAUGGUGAAUAAAAUCAUCGUCGCGAUAGACCCAAUGUUCGAAUAUUCGUUUGUGAAAGUGAAUAUGUGCUCGAUGUGUAUACGAAUUUGUGUUAUCAUGGGUGUAAACGACAAUAUGAUGAAGGCUAACAUGUUGUGUUCGAAGCAUUGUUUGCGGGGUUUUUGUUAACCGUACUUUUGAGUAUUGAUCGUGAUCGUGCUGGUGGUUUCAAUCAUGACUUCGGAUAUAUUAACCGUACAUGAUCGAACGGAGUUGAUCAAAUUGCUGAAAACGUUGAUUUUGAAAUCUGCGUACGUAAUCGUAGGUUCGCGAGAUGGUAUCAAAACGAACACAAAAUGUAAUCCUGAUACUUCUGGAUAUGGCACUUUCAACGUGGCCGUUCGUGAGAUAGCAGAAGUAGAACGAGAUGUGAAGAAAGUAAUGGGAUCGUUUCAAAGUGACCGAUGGUCGAUGUGUGUCGAAGUAUAUCUUAAAACCGUCGACGGUGACAUGAUGACAUUAGAAACGUGGAACAUAUCACUAGCUUCCGAUUACUUCGAUAAUUCUACCUCGUACGUCGUCUAUAACCGAUUGGGUAUCCUGUUGAGAUCCUUAUUAGCGAUCACUCGAGUAGUACCAGCGUACAGGUACUCUCGUAGACAGAGUCCCGAUUCGUACAAUAUUGGAUACAGAAUUUACCCCGGUGAACCGCAGUACAACUCGUUGGGUGAAAAAUGCCAACAGUUGAAAGUGGGCACUGUGACGACACCGAUGGGUACCGUGAACUUGGUGGUGCAUUAUCGUACAGUGAUGACGAUAUCGCCUCAGCCAUCCGGAAUAGAUACGUCCAUUAUGGUAAAAAGUGAUCAUUUUCGACCGGAUUUGAGUCCUAAACAUAAUCGCAAUCAAACCAGCGAUGAAAACAACACCUCGUUGAGCGACGAAUCCAGCUACAAAGUCGGCGCAUUCGUCGAGUCGAGACGAGAAUCACUAAUACCGUUGGAUUCGGAUCAACUUCUACCCGACGUACCCUUUGGCAGUCUGUUGAAUAACAACCGAACGAUAGCGGCUUCUCCGCCGCCUACAGCCACAGCAGCUCCAGUGACGCAGCAUCCCACGAACGAAGAUCGAGAUGCAACGACCACGAUCACCGCAGCUGCUCCGAAUACCGGAGGAGGUGUGAAUACGAACGUCGGCGUCGACGAAAAUGAACUAAGCAACAGAUUGAAAGCGAUCGAGACCAAUGAUAAAGAGGAUCCGAAUGCUAAUAACGUCGUCAGCACCCCAGUAGCCAAAUCUACGACGUCGUAUAACGACGAUUUCAUCGUCGUCGAUCUUGUGAAACCGCCAUUCGCCGAAUCGACCGGAAACAUCGAGCUGGGCACGUUUUACCAAGAAUGGAAAUCGGCGCCGCCUUUGCAAACGUGUCCGACCGAUCCGAAAGUUAUAGAUCAGGUUGGCGACUUGACGUCACAGCUGGCUACGUACGAAACCAGUCUAAAGGAAUUCGACAGCGUGGUGACGUCGUUAUGCAACGGCGGCGCCGACUGCGACGAAGACGAAGAAGAAGACGACGACGACGAAGCGAAUCGUACCCUUACACCGGCCACUUUUGUAACGUCAUCGCCAAAGGCCGUAACGACCGUGACGACCGUUCCGGUCACCAGCGAAACGAGCAGACCUAGACGAUUCAGCGAAAAUGCAACCACACCGCAGCAUUUCGUGUUUUGAGAGAUGAGAGAAUUUCCCAAACAGAAAAAAAAGGCCUACAGCCUGCGCCUGGUUUUGUCUUAAAGUCGAAAAUUUAUCAGAGUUCGAAUUCGCUUCGAUAGUGUAUAUUUUUUCGUAUGUUUUGGUUACCUGUGUUUUAUUUUCUUAUAUUUUUGUUCGUUUUGUGUGUGUUAGAUUCGCAUGUCGCGUUACUUUCCGGGCACCCGGUCGGCGAUCGGGUCAGAAAGAGCGUGUAAUCGAAAGCCUAAAAUAGACGAUUAGAAUGGGGCCGGAAUUCGUUCAACGACGAGGACGGAUUUUCGGAUUUUUCGGCGGAAAAAUAUUGAAAAAAGACUGAUUUUGAAGUAUUUUUUAAAUUAUUUACACUGUCCCUUUUCUUCCUUCUUCCAAACGAUGAAAGUACGUAUGUAUUUGGAGAAAACGAAUCGAGUGUGGUAGGAAAAUUGGUAGGGAACUCCCAAGUCGACAUCUGGAUCACGUGAUACGGACUUGGGAUCGUCAUCGUCGUACUAUAAAUUUGCGAAAAUUUUUAUACUCGAUUAUAGGAAAUUUUUCAAUAUCAAGAACGAGUGAUUUUUUUCCUUAUUUUUGGUACUGUAUUUUGUAAUAAUAUAGGCAAUUUUUACGGGUAUUUUUUUACAUUUAUGCUGGUCGCUUAGGUCGCGAGAUGUUAAUUUUUUUUCUAUUUAUCCAGUUUAUUUCUUUUUUUUUUGUUUUAGUCGUUAUUUUAUGUGUACUAUUUUUUUUUAUUUGCUGCGUUGCGUUUCAUCUUAUUUUUUUUCUAAGACGUUUGGCCAAAGAGUUGGUGGUGAGCUUUUGAUUUAUUUUUUUAAAUCGAUGUUGCGAACGCUUACGAAGCUGUGUAGACGAUGAAGUGGUGUUAGAGAAAGCGGAAUUGAGUGAGUUUUGAUUUUCGAGCAUGCGUAUUGAAAUGUAAAGCAGUAGCCAGUUUAGUUCUGUGAUACUUGAUAAUUUGAUAAUAAAACGAAUUUUUUUUUUUUUGUAAAACGAUGAAUUUUAAUAAUGAAAAAAAUGCGGAAAUAAUCGACGAGAAAGUGUUUUUUUUUUUAAAUUUUAUUUCAAAUUAAAAAUGGAAGAUGAAUUAAUUGUUACGUAUCGAUGUUUUUACUUUUUAAUUUUUUUCUCUCCUUUUUUCGUUCAUUCGUAUUUUGUUUAUUUUUAUCAUAAAUGUAUAAGUUGUACUACGCGUUAAUUUAUUAUCGAAAAAAAGGUACAGUGUGCCUUUUUUGACGAUCGAUCGUUCCUAAAGAGAUGUAAAUUUUUUGUACUCGAAUGGACACGUGUCAUCAUUUCAUAUGCGGCUUCGCAGCGCUUUCAUUAUCAUUGGAAUUAUUUUGUGAAUAUCCGCCUGAUACUUGUACUUGAAAAUGUGUUUUUUUUUUCUCUAUCUCUUCUUUCUCUGUUAUUUAUUAAUAUACGAUUUCGUAAUAUUAAAACAA